AUGGUCAAUCUGCUGGCUGUUAUUCAGUAUACCCUGUACACCAUGGUCAAUCUGCUGGCUGUUAUUCAGUAUACCCUGUACAUGGUCAAUCUGCUGGCUGUUAUUCAGUAUACCCUGUGCAUCACAUGGUCAAUCUGCUGGAUGUUAUUCGGUAUACCCUGUACACCACAUGGUCAAUCUGCUGGCUGUUAUUCAGUAUACCCUGUACACCACAUGGUGAAUCUGCUGGCUCUCAUUCAGUAUACCCUGUACAUUGUCAAUCUGCUGGCUGUUAUUCAGUAUACCCUGUACACCACAUGGUCAAUCUGCUGGCUGUUAUUCAGUAUACCCUGUACACCACAUGGUCAAUCUGCUGGCUGUUAUUCAGUAUACCCUGUACGUGGUCAAUCUGCUGGCUGUUAUUCAGUAUACCCUGUACAUUGUCAAUCUGCUGGAUGUUAUUCGGUAUACCCUGUACACCACAUGGUCAAUCUGCUGGCUGUUAUUCAGUAUACCCUGUACACCACAUGGUCAAUCUGCUGGCUGUCAUUCAGUAUACCCAGUACACCACAUGGUCAAUCUGCUGGCUGUUAUUCAGUAUACCCUGUACACCACAUGGUCAAUCUGCUGGCUGUUAUUCAGUAUACCCUGUACACCACAUGGUCAAUCUGCUGGCUGUUAUUCAGUAUACCCUGUACACCACAUGGUGAAUCUGCUGGCUCUCAUUCAGUAUACCCUGUACAUUGUCAAUCUGCUGGCUGUUAUUCAGUAUACCCUGUACACCACAUGGUCAAUCUGCUGGCUGUUAUUCAGUAUACCCUGUACACCACAUGGUCAAUCUGCUGGCUGUUAUUCAGUAUACCCUGUACGUGGUCAAUCUGCUGGCUGUUAUUCAGUAUACCCUGUACACCACAUGGUCAAUCUGCUGGCUGUUAUUCAGUAUACCCUGUACACCACAUGGUCAAUCUGCUGGCUGUUAUUCAGUAUACCCUGUACACCACAUGGUCAAUCUGCUGGCUGUUAUUCAGUAUACCCUGUACACCACAUGGUCAAUCUGCUGGCUGUUAUUCAGUAUACCCUGUACAUGGUCAAUCUGCUGGAUGUACAGCCAAUCACACUGCUGCUGCCUUGUCCUGCUCUGAAGCCUUUACCCCGAGGCUCCACCAUGUUGCACUUUAUUAACUAGACUUCUAUAGUUCAACUAUUAACGUUCAAGUUCCCUCUCUCCCUUUUCCCUUCACAGGAGGUUUCCCAAGCAUUCCUAGAGAGCCAGGUAUUCCCAACCCCACCACAGAUACAGUACAGUAACAUUCAGGCUGCAGCCCAAACGACACCCUAUUCCCUACAUAGUGCACUACUUUUGACCAGAGCCUUAGGCCUAUUUGACCUAUGUGCCCUAGUCAAAAGUAGUGUACUAUAUAUGGAAUAGGAGGCCAUUUGGGGCGUAACCUGAGACAUUGGCCAAAGCCAGACACAUAGGAUCACAUUAACUCAGUGACCCUCUGAUCAGUGAGGGUGGUGGUGGGAAACAUUACAGGUGGAAAUACAGGUUGCCUCUAACUGCUGAUUUGGGGUCAGAUAUAGGGUGAUCCCAAAUGACACCCUAUUGCCUAUAUAGUGCGUUACUUUGACCAGGGCCCCUUGGGGUCAUUUGGGAUGUAUCUAUAUGAUUAUACUACUGUAUAAUAUCCUGGGAGGUGCAGUUAGUUAUCUGAUCCUAGAUAUGUGGUUAAGAGGACAACUUCUACCUCAAGCACUGGCUAAUCGUAUCUCCCCCCUCCUCCCCCUCCUCCUUUCUCCCUCCAGGUGGACAGUGCUAUGUCUCUGAUCCAGGCAGCUAAGAACCUGAUGAACACGGUGGUGUCCACAGUCAAGGCUAGCUACGUGGCCUCCACUAAGUACCAGAAGUCCAUGGCCAUGCAGUCCCUGAACAUGCCUGCUAUCUCCUGGAAGAUGAAAGCCCCGGAGAAGAAACCCCUGGUCAAGAGAGAGAAACAGGAAGAUGGAUCCAACAACAAGGUAACGGGAACCAUGAUGUUAAAGCUGAGAUCCUCUACAGGGGGAACGGCUCCACUGGUCCACCCCACAGGUGUUAUUGUUUUCGUUUUGUUUUUGAAAAGGAGGAUUGGAGCAUUAAGCAUCUUGGUAAAAACAAGAGUAUAAACUCUGCUGUUCUAUCGCACAUGCAAUGAUGUCCGAGGGGAAAAACAGUUUUUGUUGUAAUAUCGCAAACGGACGUGGCAGUUUCACCGCUAAGGAAUCCAGCAUAAUUGGUAUAAUCCCCUGCACGGUUGCCUGUCAGUGUCCAGGACACAGAAAUUAUAUUCCUGGACUAAAUAGCUUUCCAUAUAGACUAUAUUUUUUAGUCCAGAACUUAGUCUGUGUCCGGGAAACCAGCCCUAUAUGUUCUUCUUUUGUAAAUUGUCAGUUUUUUUUAUGGCCUGUAAAGAGAUUUUAUUUAACCCUUUUUUUCCCCCCAGGUAAGUUCACUGAGAACACAUUCUCAUUUACAGCAAUGACCUGGGGAAUAGUUACAGGGGAGAGGAAGGGGGGUGAAUGAGCCAAUUGGAACCUGGGGAUGAUGUAAUGAGGGCCAGAUUGGGAAUUUAACCAGGACACCAGGGAAGUAAAAGUUAUUCCCUACCUAAGAAUAGUAAAGCCCCCUUAACUGGCUCAAAUAGCCGACCAAUCAGCCUGUUACCAACCCUUAGUAAACUUUUUGGAAAAGCUUGUGUUUGACCAGAUAAAAUGCUAUUUUACAGUAAACAAAUUGACAACAGUCUUUCAGCACGCUUAUAGGGAAGGACAUUCAACAAGCACAGCACUUACACAAAUGACUGAUUGGCUGAGAGAAAUUGAUGAUAAAAAGAUUGUGGGGGGGGGGGGGGGUUGGUAGACAAAUGUAUGUGUUAUGGCUUUACACCCCCAGCUAUAUUGUGGAUAAAGAGUUACCUGUCUAACAGAACACAGAUGGUGUUCUUUAAUGGAAGCCUCUCCAACAAAAUCCAGGUAGAAGCAGGAAUUCCCCAGGGCAGCUGUCUAGGCCCCUUAUUUUUUCAAUCUUUACUAACGACAUGCCACUGGCUUUGAGUAAAGCCAGUGUGUCUAUGUAUGCGGAUGACUCAACACUAUACACGUCAGCUACCACAGCGACUGAAAUGACUGCAACACUUAACAAAGAGCUGCAGUUAGUUUCAGAAUGGGUGGCAAGGAAUAAAUUAGUCCUAAAUAUUUUUACAAAAAACUAAAAGCAUUGUAUUUGGGACAAAUCAUUCACUAAUCCCUAAACCUCAACUAAAUAUUUUAAUGAAUAAUGUGGAAAUUGAGCAUGUUGACGAGACUAAACUGCUUGGAGUAACCCUGGAUUGUAAACUGUCAUGGUCAAAACAUAUUGAUACAACAGUAGCUAUGAUGGGGAGAAGUCUGUCUAUAAUAAAGCGCUGAUCUGAAUUCUUAACAGCACUGUCAACAAGGCAGGUCCUACAGGCCCUAGUUUUGUCGCACCUGGACUUCUGUUCAGUCGUGUGGUCAGGUGCCACAAAGAGGGACUUAGGAAAAUUGCAAUUGGCUCAGAACAGGGCAGCACGCCUGGCCCUUGGAUGAACACAGAGAGCUAACAUUAAUAAUAUGCAUGUCAAUCUCUCCUGGCUCAAAGUGGAGGAGAGAUUGACUUCAUCACUACUUGUAUUUGUGAGAGGUAUUGACAUGUUGAAUGAACCAAGCUGUCUGUUUGAACUACUGGCUCACAGCUCGGACACCCAUGCAUACCCCACACGACAUGCCACCAGAGGUCUCUUCACAAUCCCCAAGUCCAGAACAGACUAUGGGAGGUGCACAGUACUACAUAGUGCCAUGACUACAUGGAACUCUAUUCCACAUCAAGUAACUCAUGCCAGCAGUAAAAUUCGAUUAAAAAAACAGAUAAAAAUACACCUUAUGGAACAGCGGAGACUGAAUCAACACAAACAUAGACCCAUGCAUACAAACACACGAUAACAUACACACUAUACACACACACGUACACACAGAUGUUGUGUUAUAGAUAUGUGGUAGUAGAGUAGAGGCCUGAGGGCACACACUUGAUAUGUUGUGAAAUUUGUUAUGAAUGUAUUGUAAUGUUUUUAAAAUGUAUAACUGCCUUCAUUUUGCUGGACCCCAGGAAAAGUAGCUGCUGCCUUGGCAGGAACUAAUGGGGAUCCAUAAUAAAUACAAAUACCCCUACUCUGACGAUAAGUGCCAUUGGAUCUUUAGUGACCACAGAGAGUCAGGACACCCAUUUAACGUCCCAUCCGAAAAACUGUACCCUACACAGGGCAAUGUCCCCAAUCACUGCCCUGGGGCGUUAGGUUAUUUUUUUUAGACCAGAUGAACACCACUUCCAGCAGCAUCUGGUCUCCCAUCCAGGGACCGACCAGGACCAACCCUGCUUAGCUUCAGAGGCAAGCCAGCAGUGGGAUGCAGGGUGGUAUGCUCCUGGAUUUAAUGACGCAAGACACAUUUCUGUGAAAACAUACAAUAAAAUGCUCUCUUCUCUUCUCUUAGGUCAAGAGGUCAUCCCAAAAGAAACACAUCAACCCUGUCCAGGCUCUCAGCGAGUUCAAAGCCAUGGAUAGCAUCUAG